AUGGACAGAGAAUACACUGAGGAGCCUGCUACACACCCAGCUGAUCUGGGGACCAGCGGAGCCAUGAGGCUGGGUUCAGCAAUCCUCGGUUUACUCCUGCUCCAAGCCUACAGCUCUCAACCUACGACAACUCAGACCUUGCAGGAAAUUCUACAGAAGUCAUCUCAGGUCUCCUUGGUAUCCAAUCAGCCUGUGACACCAAGGUCAAGCACCAUGGAUAAACAGUCCCUUUCCUUGCCUGACUUGAUGUCCUUCCAGCCACAGAAGCACACACUGGGACCUGGCACAGGAACCCCAGAAAGCAGCAGCAGCAGCAGCAGCAGCAGCAGCAGCAGCAGCAGCAGCAGCAGCAGCAGCAGGAGAGGAGAAGAAUCUCUGGAUGCGACUCCCAGUCCAGAACCCACCAGCCUUCAGACAAAAGAGAUGACCACCCUGCCUACCCCCACAUCAGAGUCAGUGCUAACGGUGGCUGCCUUUGGUGUCAUCAGCUUCAUUGUCAUCCUGGUGGUUGUAGUGAUCGUCCUGGUCAGUGUGGUCAGUCUAAGAUUUAAGUGUCGGAAGAACAAGGAGUCUGAAGAUCCACAGAAACCAGGGAGUUCAGGGCUGUCUGAAAGCUGCUCCACAGCCAAUGGAGAGAAAGACAGCAUCACACUCAUCUCCAUGAGGAACAUCAACGUGAACAACAGCAAAGGCGGCACAUCAGCAGAGAAGAGUGACCUGGAGUUGCCAUGGGUCCACGUGUGAUGCGGCUGUCCCCUGGCCAUGAGGAAGGAGAGGAGACGAGAUUGGGGGAGGCAGCGGACCACACAUAAAUUAUUUGAUGUCAUGCCUGCUCCCAGUUCUAAAGGACAUGAGAUUCCUCUAGAUCCAGAAGAACCUACCACACAAGAGACUCCUUCUCACUUGGAAGCCAUGCUAGACACUUGGCCUGCUCCCCCUCCUCCUGCUGCUCAGAAACUCAGGAAUGAGGAGUCAAUAGAGCAAGACUUAAGGAAAUAAUGAGGUAGACUGUCCAUCCUACUAGAAUUAAAAUUAUUUUCUGACCUGGAA